AUGACGGCUACAGAAGCCUUUCCUCCACUCUACAACCACCCAGAGAGCUCCGUAUCAUAUGGAAUUCGGAGUCAUUCUAGUAAACCACGUUAUAAACGAAGAUCUAGUGGACUUGGUGAAUUUAGAGCAGGGGAUACAAGUGCGCCAGCUCUGGCGACUUUGGACGUCAGACUUCCAUCACCGGGCGCAAUCAAGGCGCAACAUGAAAUCGAUCUUAAAAAGCCGUUUUCCAAGCGACGAAAAGCUAAAUCGUUAUUCCAACUAUGGAGAAGAUACGCACUUAAGCACACCUGGGUCACUCCUCUGAUUAUUGUUGGAAUUUUUCUAUCUCUCUACGCCAUUAAUCCAACUGAAUCUAAUCCAAUUUCUCGCUUUCUAUUUCUCUCGUACAAGCUGCCAGCCAAACCGAGCGAAUCACCUCAGUAUGGAAAGGGAUGUAGAGAUUACGCAUUCGUUUCAUUCUAUGUCAUAGUUCUGUCCUUUACACGGGAGUUCAUCAUGCAAAACUUCCUACGACCUCUGGCCAGGCGAUGUGGGCUGAAGAGCAGAGCUAAGCAAUCUAGAUUCAUGGAACAAAUGUAUACAGCCAUAUACUUUGGGAUUGUUGGCCCUUGGGGACUUUAUGUUAUGAGUGGAACGCCAGUAUGGUACUUUAACACUCGAGGAAUGUAUGAAGGAUUCCCACACAAGACCCACGAAGCCAAUUUCAAAUUUUACUACCUCUUUCAGGCAGCUUACUGGGCCCAGCAAGCUAUAGUGCUUGUCCUUGGGAUGGAGAAGCCGCGGAAAGAUUUCAAAGAAUUAGUUGGACAUCAUAUUGUGUCUCUAGCCUUGAUUGGACUCAGCUAUCGCUUUCACUUUGCGUACAUGGGACUUGGUGUUUUUAUCACGCAUGACAUUAGCGACUUUUUCCUUGCAACAUCAAAGACCCUCAACUACCUCGACCACCCACUUGUGGGUCCAUACUUCGGCCUAUUUAUUCUAACCUGGAUAUAUUUACGCCAUUACCUUAACCUACGUAUCCUUUGGUCAGAGUUCAACGAAUUCAAGACAGUAGGGCCCUAUGUUAUAAACUGGGAAAAUGAGCAGUUCAAGGGCCCCCUUUCUCAUUACAUAUCUACCGCAUUAUUAACCAGCCUUCAAAGUCUAAAUCUCUUCUGGCUUUAUUAUAUUUUCCGCAUUGCCUAUCGAUUUGUUUUUGAAAACGUGGCUGAAGAUGAUCGGAGCGACAACGAGGAAAAAGAACUAGAGGAUGAUCAAGUACCAGAUCUGCUGACAACUAGGGACGAAUCAAAAAUUCUAAACCCCCAAGUUACCACCAAUGGUUUAACCCCUAUUCAAGUUGGGUUAUCGUCCGGCGUCGAAAGGUCGACGAAUAGCUUGUUGAACCGGAAAGAGGCGAUGCGGACCACAAUACAUUAG